CUUUCCCUUUCCAACACCCUGCAAGCAGCAGCUGUCCUCUUUUUCCAGACCUCUAUUAAACUGUUCCUGUAAGGUUGUGGUUGUCAAGAGCUUCCUGCUUCCGGCUUUUUCUUUCGAUUCUCCCUCUUCCUUCAUCACAAGUUACAGAUUCAGAAAGCCGUGCUCAGCCCCAUUCCAAGGUUUGAACCGGCUCAAGUACCACCACAGGUGUCCGUUAACGUCUAACUUUGGGACCCCCCAUUGCAUACUGUUAAAGCACCUGUCGCCUACCCCACGACACCUUUAACGAGUUGCUUGGCCGUCCCGUCCACUCGCUCGCUCUCGUUUUUGCGCGUCUCGUCUUUUUUUGCUCUCGAGCUGUAUCAACUUGCUCCUACAUCAACAUCAACCGCCGCCACCGACGACCUCAAUCAAUCUUCCGUCUACCUCAAUCACUCGUCUUCUACACCCCUUUCCCCAUUCCGCACACCAAACCGUCACAAUGGGUGCCGACGAGAAGACGCGCGUUUCAGGCGAGGUUCCUCGUGGAGAGAACGGCUCUAUCCUGCCUACCACGAACCAGGACGCCGAGAAGUCGUCCCCUCAAUCCAAGGGUCCUCAGAUCCAUCCCGCUCUCUACGUCAUUGUCUGGAUCUCGCUGUCCUCAUCCGUCAUUCUGUUCAACAAAUGGAUUCUCGACACCCUCAACUUCCGCUACCCGGUUAUUCUGACGACCUACCACUUGACUUUCGCGACCAUCAUGACCCAGAUCCUCGCUCGCUGGACCCACGUUCUCGACGGACGCAAGUCGGUUAAGAUGACUGGCCGUGUCUACGUGCGUGCCAUCGUGCCUAUCGGUGUCUUCUUCAGCUUGAGCUUGAUCUGUGGUAACUUGACCUACCUGUACCUCUCGGUUGCUUUCAUCCAGAUGCUCAAGGCUACGACCCCCGUCGCUGUCCUCCUCUCUGGAUGGGCUCUUGGUGUCUCUACGCCUAACCUGAAGGUCUUCCUGAACGUCUCCGUUAUCGUUGUUGGUGUCAUUAUUGCUUCCAUUGGCGAGAUCAAGUUCGUCUGGAUUGGUGUCAUCUUCCAGAUUGGUGGUGUUAUCUUCGAGGCCCUGCGUUUGACCAUGGUCCAGCGCCUGCUCAGCUCUGCCGACUACAAGAUGGACCCCCUCGUUUCCGUCUACUACUUCGCUCCUAUCUGCGCUGUCAUGAACUUGGCUGUUGCUCUCAUUUGGGAGAUUCCCAAGGUCACCAUGGACCAGGUGUACAACGUUGGCCUGUUCACUUUCUUCCUGAACGGUCUCUGCGCCUUCCUGUUGAACGUCUCUGUCGUCUUUUUGAUCGGCAAGACCUCUUCCCUGGUCCUGACUCUCUGCGGUGUCCUCAAGGACGUCAUGCUGGUUGCCGCCUCCAUGGCCAUUUGGGGCACCCAGGUCUCUGGCCUCCAGUUCUUCGGAUACAGCAUCGCCCUCGGUGGCAUGGUCUACUACAAGCUCGGCUUUGAGCAGAUCAAGGGCUACAUGGGUGAGGGCGGUCGCCAGUGGGCCGAGUUCGGCCAGCGCAAGCCGAUUCUUCGCAAGCUUACCAUCAUUGUGUUCUCCGCCUUCGUGCUCUUCACCAUGCUUGGCGGCCUGGCACCGACGUACGCUCCCGAAUACGAUCCCCACAACCUCAUCAACGAGGUCAACAGCCACUUCGGCAGCAGCAGGGCAUAGGUUGUGGGAUAGAAGGCGAUAGCAUCUUUUCUUUGGCCUGUCAUUUUCCUAUUUGUGGGCGUAGAGAUGUGAUGAUACCAAGCUCUCUCUCUACGCGACGAUUCCCCUGUUCUGAGUACAUAUUACGAACUUCCUUUCACCCAUGUGCACCGUUGACCUUUUUUUUCUUUUUCUUUCCUUUUUAAUCCGGAAAACGGAACCGACUUUUGUUUGACUGGGGAGUUACACCCGUGUACAGCUAUAGAGCAACGGCGCAGAGCGCAAAAGGGACCAGGUUGCAUAGCUUGCAUCAUGAAGUUCUAAUCUGAUGUACUCUAGACAGAGGAGGAUAUAGACAUGUACGUACGCAAUGAUACACAAAGCUUAAAGCAAACGACAGCCUUAUACCGCC